AUAAUAAUAUUGUUUUAUACAAGUUUACUUAGUUUAGUUUAGUUUGUGAAAAUGAGGUGGGAAAUUGAUUGUUUGUGCUGAUUGUACUUUGCAAAUUUUAAAUUCAUCCUGCCAUUUAUUAAAACCUUAUAAUCAACUAACUUAAUGCUCACUAAUAUCUUAUUUUUUGUGUUCAGUAUUUAAUGAUAAAAAAAAUUUAAUUUAAAGAUUAUGCAUAUUAUAGAAUAUUAUACAAAAAUUUGACUGUUCAAAAUACCAUUCUUAGUAAAGUGAUUUGUUACAUCUUGCUUAAUUAUAGCUUAGACAUAUUAUAUAUACAUAUAUAUAUAUAUAUAUAUAUAUAAAUAAAUAUAUAUAUAUAAUUAUAAAAUUAUAAAAUUAACCAACAAAUAGUAUUAGUAAAAAUGAUGGGUAUAAAUAAACCAAAAUCUAUUAACCCCGAAAUUUCCCUGACUGCAAUAAAGGAUAUUCAAAAUAAUAUGAACAAUAUUACAGUUGUCUGUAUAGUACUAGAAGUGAACCCUGCUGUUCCACUAAAAGAUAAUCAUGAAGUUCGAACUGUAAAAGUAGCUGAUAACUCUGCUUGUAUUAACUUUUCUGUUUGGGAUGAACCAGGAGCAUUUUUAUAUCCAGGAGAUAUUAUACGUGUCCAUAGAGCUUAUGCAAUAUACUUCCGAAACUGUUUAACACUCUAUGUUGGUAAGAAUGGAGAGAUUGAAAAAAUUGGAGAUUUCAUUAUGACAUUUAAUGAAGCUAUUAACAUGAGUGAAGUAAACCUUAAUGCACCACCUCCUCUGCCACCACCUGCCAAUGGAAAUACUAUAGGAAAUACAAGACGUACCGGAAUGGGAAAGCAGAAUGUAAAACAAAAUUCAUUCAAGGGUAAUAAUGGAAAAGGUGGACCAAGAAACCAAUUGAGACCUGAUCGAAAAUAAUUCUGUACUUUAAUUGCUAUUUUAGUACAUGAUUGUUUUUAAUUUGGUGAAAACAAUUCUGUGAUAUUAUCUAAUUUUUACCCUAUUUUAUUGAUUAAUUUUUAUUUUGAAAUAAAACAUUGUACAUCUAUAUUGAAAAAACUCAGAAGUUCUACAUAAAAUAUUUUUUCUUAAA